CGGCAGGAAUCAGUUUGUGCGGCACUUUUAGGAAGCGUGGACGUAUAAAUUUUCGCUUGAGCAAACAUCAUUCACAUCCUUGAUUCUUGAAAAUUUUUGAUUUUAUGUUUUGAACUCAACAGCAGUAUGAUUUCCACAGUGUUGCGUACCGGUACGAUCCGCGGAGACCAGAUCGUGAAAGGGCUCCGAUUGAACACGUUGAGAAUGGCAUCGACUUACUUGGUGGAAAACAGCAAAUAUUCUUUCCUGAAGGACCUAGGUCUGGGCAAAGUAAAUAGCGGUGUAUUUAAUGGAGAAUGGACUGGAACCGGUGAGGUUGUAAAAUCCAUUGACCCAGCCAGUGGUGAUGUAAUCGCAGAGGUAAAGACCGGCACUGUAGCUGAGCUUGAAAAAUGUCUAGAGGUUGGUACCACUGCGUAUCAUCAAUGGAAAAAUCUGCCGGCACCAUACCGAGGUGAAAUAGUUCGCCAAAUCGGUGAUGAACUACGGAAGUAUCGAGAACCACUCGGUAAGCUCGUAUCACUGGAGAUGGGAAAAAUUAUGGCUGAAGGUGUUGGCGAGGUUCAAGAAUUUGUAGAUAUCUGUGACUAUGCCGUAGGACUUUCCAGAAUGUUUGCAGGACAAAUUCUGCCGUCGGAAAGAGCCAAGCACACUAUUAUUGAAAAAUGGAAUCCUCUAGGUUUAAUUGGAGUGAUUUCUGCAUUCAAUUUCCCAUGUGCUGUAUUCGGAUGGAAUGCAGCCAUUGCCUUAGCAGUUGGCAACUCCGUUCUAUGGAAAGGAGCGCCCAGCACUCCGCUAGUGUCCAUCGCCACUACCAAAAUUGUUACCGAUGUAUUGAAACGAAACAACUUGCCACCGGUUGUUACACUCUGCCAAGGAGGUACCGACGUUGGCAAGAAGAUGGUAGCCGAUGAGCGUGUGAAGCUUCUUUCAUUCACCGGCAGCACAGCGGUCGGUCGAGAGGUAGGUGUAGAAGUUCAACGAAGAUUUGGAAAAUUCUUACUUGAGCUUGGCGGCAACAACGCUCUCAUCAUCAAUAACGAUGCUCCAACCGAUAUGGCCCUUGAUGCAGCGUUCUUCGGUUGCAUUGGAACGGCAGGCCAACGGUGCACUAGUACUCGACGUCUCAUCAUUCAUGAAAAGCUAUACGAUGAGUUUGUAACCAAGCUAGUCAAACGCUACAACAAUUUGCUUAAGCGAGUUGGCCAUCCUUUAGAGGAGUCGACUCUGUAUGGACCAUUGCACAACCAACAAGCGGUGGACAACUACAAGAAUACUCUAGCAGAAGCCGUUAAACUAGGAGGCAAAGUAGAAUGUGGAGGAAAAGUCAUCGACCGUCCCGGAUUUUUCGUUGAGCCGACCAUAGUUACCAAUCUUGCGCAUGAUUCACCGGUGGUGCACAAAGAAACAUUCGCCCCUAUUGUGUACAUCCUGAAGGCAAAGAAUUUGAACGAAGCCAUCGAAUGGAACAAUGAAGUAGACCACGGACUUUCGUCGUCGCUUUUCACUUCGAACAUUGGCUCCGCAUUCCAGUGGAUUGGUGAGGGCGGAUCGGACUGCGGCAUUGUGAACAUCAACACUUCUCCAUCAGGCGCGGAAAUUGGAGGUGCAUUCGGAGGCGAAAAACAUACCGGUGGAGGCCGCGAAUCCGGAUCCGACGCCUGGAAGCAAUACGUUCGACGAUCUACAAUCACGGUCAACCACUCACCUGAUCUACCCCUGGCCCAAGGACUUGUUUUUGAAUAAAUAAACGAAAAGAUGCAUUUGAACUAUUGAAAAA